AUGGAAGGAAGCGGAAAUGAUUCCCAUGGUGAAAGACGGAGACCACGAAAUAGCGUCAAACAACCGCCCGAUAUCUCUUCUUGCCAUAUAGCUUCUAAGCUUUGUGAAAAAAUUGUUCUCGAACAAUUCAGGAGCCACCGUAUAAGCAAAAACCUGCUCUCCCCUCAUCAAAGCGGAAAUAAAAAACACCAUUCCACAGAGACCCUGAACAUUUUUGGUACCGACACGAUGCUAGAGGCAAUGGGCAAAAAGGAAUUAGUAUUAUUAUAUAUCUCGAAAGCCGUCGACAGUAUUAACCAUCACAGAUUGUUACACAAUCUAGUGAAUGUCGGUGCUUCCCCAGCAACAGUACAGUGGUUUAAAAACUACUUGUCGGAUCGCUUUCUGUCCACCGAAUCAACUCCACCCUAUCUGAUCGACUACCAAUUAUUCACGGAGUACCCCAAG